AACAAAAAUAUAAAUUUGGACGCUACGUUACUAUGAUCUAUACUAUGGGUUUUUAGUGUCACUGGUUUACUCAAAGCAGUAAACUUUGAACUCUGAGGAAGUUACUUGUGUUGAGCAAUUGGCAUUGAGGUGCCAUGUAGCGAAAUCUGAAUGGAGAGAUCGAUGCUUGCGUUGAUUUUAGUUUGUUUUACUCUUGGGCUGUUCCAUUACGUUGUUGUGACUUAUUGAUUCGCAUUUCUGGUUAAGCUUUCAGUUGCAGUUCGCUCAACGUCAGAGGAAGACGUUAAAGGGAGAAAAAAGCUGAAGUUUUAAAAGUGAGAAAUGAGAGCUGUUACUGGAGAGGAGUUGGUUAAAUGGGAGAAGAUGGGAGGAAUGGGAGGCCAUGAAGAGAAGAUUCUGGUGUUAGUGAGGCUGAGGCCUUUGAAUCAGAAAGAAGUUGAUGCCAGUGAAGUAGCAGAUUGGGAAUGCAUCAAUGACACUACCAUCUUAUACCGGAAUACCCUUCGGGAAGGUUCCACAUUCCCAAGCGCCUGCACCUUCGACAGAGUAUUUCGGGGUGACUGUUCCACAAAGCAGGUAUAUGAAGAAGGGGUCAAAGCAAUUGCUCUUUCAGUUGUUGGUGGAAUCAACUCAAGUAUUUUUGCGUAUGGGCAAACAAGUAGUGGAAAGACAUAUACGAUGAUUGGAGUAACUGAAUAUGCUGUUGCUGAUAUUUUUGACUAUAUAAGAAAGCAUGAAGAAAGAGCAUUUGUAUUGAAGUUCUCAGCAAUUGAAAUUUACAACGAAAAUAUCAGGGACCUCCUCAGCAGUGAGAACACACCACUAAGGCUGCGUGAUGAUCCUGAGAGAGGACCUAUUAUAGAGAAACUUAUAGAAGAGACUCUGCGGGACUGGACGCAUUUGAAAGAGCUUCUAUCAUUCUGUGAAGCACAGAGACAGGUAGGAGAGACAUAUCUCAAUGACAAGAGUUCUCGAUCUCACCAAAUCAUCAGACUGACAAUUGAAAGUUCUGCCAGAGAAUUCAUGGGUAAAAGCAGCUCAACCACCCUAGCUGCUAGUGUGAAUUUUGUUGAUUUGGCAGGGAGUGAGCGUGCAUCUCAGGCAUUAUCUGCUGGGUCCAGAUUGAAAGAAGGCUGUCAUAUAAACCGGAGUUUACUCACUCUUGGAACAGUCAUUCGUAAACUUAGUAAGGGAAGACAAGGACACAUUAAUUACAGAGAUUCUAAGCUGACACGAAUAUUGCAGCCUUCCUUAGGUGGCAAUUCUAGAACAGCAAUCAUUUGCACUUUGAGCCCCGCACGUUGUCAUGUUGAGCAAACUAGAAACACCCUUCUUUUUGCAUGUUGUGCAAAACAAGUGACCACUAAAGCACAGGUUAAUGUAGUGAUGUCUGAUAAAGUAUUGGUCAAACAGUUGCAAAAAGAGGUAGCCAGAUUAGAGAGUGAAUUGAAAACUCCUUGUCCACCUUCAACCAAUUGUGAUUGUGCAGCAAUGAUGAGAAAGAAAAAUCUCCGAAUAGAAAAGAUGGAGAGGGAGAUUCAGGAGCUAAUUAAGCAACGUGAUCUUGCUCAAUCUCAGGUUGAGGAUUUGCUGCGCAUGGUUGGAAAUGAUCGGAAAUCUAAAAAGGAAACGGUCGACACCUGGGAAGAUGAAGAUUCAAUAUCAGAAUCAUCAAGCAUUUAUCCUUCUGAUUUACGGAUUGGAGAAUUCAACAAUCCUCACUACAUCAAUGAAAACAGUGAAAGUAGUCCCGAUAAACAUCCUGAUGAAUACUGCAAUGAAAUUCUAAGUGUUGGAAUGGAGGAAUCGAGUAAGGAUGGCUUGGAAUAUCCUGACCCAUCAGUAAGAUACAACGAGGUGUUGGCAUUAACAUGGUAUGGAGAUGAAAAUGUAACAAGUCAGGAGAUACUGACUCCUGUUGCUGAAGAUAGGGAAGAGAGACUGAACCAAGACGAUGCAACAGAUGGUGUUUUGGAGCAGAGACUCGAUUAUGCAGAGUUGAGUAAUGAUUCUCCUCUGUCUAUGUCAGGAACAGUGUCAAAUUGUAGGAAUCUUAAAUUAACAAGGAGCUGGAGUUGUAGAGAAUUCUACACGACUGGUUCUCCUGGGAAUGUGGGAGAAAUUGUGAGUACUCCGGCCAGUAGUUUUGAAAAAUGCUUCCCUGGAAGACCAGAUGGAUUACCGAGAAAGUUCCUUCCAUUAACUUACAGUGCUUCCACAAAAUUGUCAAUGAAUGGCUCUCCGCCUUCAAUUGGAACUCCAUCUACGGAUGAUUUAAGAACCAACGGCACAAGAACAUCCACUAAUGAAGAUAUUACUAGCCUCCAGACUUUUGUUGCAGGGAUGAAGGAAAUGGUCAAACUUGAGUAUGAGAAGCGUCUUGUUGAUGAUGAUCAGGAUAAGGAGGCAGAGACAACAUAUUUUAGAUUUGAAAAGAAUAUGAAGGAUGUCGGAGUGGAUUCAAUGUUAGAGGCAGCAGGAUCUCCUGUGGAAUGGCCUCUACAGUUCAAACAGCAGCAGACAGAAAUAUUAGAACUUUGGGAAGCCUGCAAUGUAUCAUUGUUCCACAGGACAUACUUCUUUCUUUUGUUCAGGGGUGAUCCGACAGACUCUAUUUACAUGGAGGUGGAGCGAAGAAGAUUAUGUUUUCUGAAAGGAACAUUUCAUGGUGGAAACGAGUGGGUGAAAGAUGCUCCGACAGUUACAUUAGCUACGAGUGCAAAGGAUGUGGAGAGGGAGAGAGAGACGCUGGUGAAGCUUAUGAAGAGAAGGCUAUCAGAGGAAGAGAGGAGGAAGGUGUACAGGAAGUGGGGCAUUGCAUUGGAUUCAAAGCGAAGGAGGAAGCAGCUGGCGAAUCGCAUAUGGAGCAACACAGAUAUGAAGCAUGUCAUGGAGAGUGCUGCGGUUGUUGCAAAGUUGGUGAGGUUCACUUGGCAGGGUGAUAAUGCCCUUAAGGAGAUGUUUGCCCUCAGCUUCUCUCCUCAUCGAAUGUCAUAUUCCUCCAAAACUACCAGGGCCUCUCUUUUCUAGGCCUUCUUCAUCCUUUAUUUUAUCUACUACAUUACUUUUUAUGUUCUUUGUUGCUGCCUAUUGCCAAACAUAUCUUAUUAUCA